CAAUGUGAUGGGACUGCUGCAAACACCGGUUUUGAUAUUUUGAGCUACGCCAAUGGAAACAUAGGACGCAGAAAGAGGUGGCCGCUCUUCUCCUCUCCACGCGACAGGACACCCGGUUUCCUUCCUGAGCUCUAGACAAGCUGAGGUGCACGCCUCAGAGUCCCUCAACAUGCGGGCGGCUUUCUAGAAGAUGACCAUAGAGGACCUCCCAGAGUUCCCAUUAGAAGGAGAGUCUUUGAUGGGAAGAUACCCAUUUUUGUUUUCAGGUUCGGAUACACCCGUGACCUUCUCCAUUUCUGCAGCACCAAUGCCUUCCGACUGUGAGUUCUCUUUCUUUGAUCCGAAUGAUACAUCAUGCCAGGAAAUUCUCUUUGAUCCCAAAACUUCUGUAUCGGAAUUAUUUGCCAUUUUAAGACAGUGGGUUCCUCAGGUCCAGCAGAACAUUGACGUUAUUGGGAACGAGAUUCUUAAGAGAGGCUGCAAUGUGAACGACAGAGAUGGACUGACAGAUAUGACUCUCCUACAUUAUACUUGCAAGUCCGGAGCUCAUGGCAUUGGUGAUGUUGAUACAGCUGUAAAAUUUGCAACUCAACUUAUUGAUCUGGGAGCAGAUGCUAGUUUGCGGAGUCGCUGGACAAAUAUGAAUGCUUUGCAUUAUGCUGCUUAUUUUGAUGUCCCUGAGCUUGUAAGAGUGAUUUUGAAGACCUCCAAACCAAAAGAUGUGGAUGCUACGUGCAGUGACUUUAAUUUUGGAACAGCUCUGCACAUUGCCGCUUAUAACCUGUGUGCAGGCACCGUGAAAUGCUUAUUGGAGCUUGGAGCAAAUCCCGCAUUUAGGAACGACAAAGGAGAGAUGCCCGCCGAUGUGGUUCCAGACCCAGUGGAAAUGCCGUUGGAAAUGGCCGAUGCUGCGGCUACUGCCAAGGAAAUCAAGCAGAUGCUGCUGGACGCGGUGCCCCUGCUGUGCGAUGUCUCCAAGCCCGUGCCCCCAAGUUCCGAUCGUGCCGCUGGCAAGGCAGUACUGACCUCAGCCGGCCUGAAGUUGGGGGACCGGGUGGUCAUUGCAGGACAGAAGGUUGGAACAUUAAGAUUUUGUGGAACAACUGAAUUUGCAAGUGGGCACUGGGCUGGCAUUGAGUUGGAUGAACCAGAAGGGAAAAACAAUGGAAGUGUUGGGAGAGUCCAGUACUUUAAAUGUGCCCCCAAAUAUGGCAUUUUUGCACCCCUUUCAAAGAUAAGUAAAGCAAAAGAUCGAAGGAAGAAUAUAAUCCACUCUCCUUCUACAAAGGCUGUCCCACUCACCAGAUCCCAGAAAAUUGAUGUGGCUCAUGUAACAUCAAAAGUAAAUACUGGGUUAAUGCCACCAAAAAGAGAUGGCGCUUCGGAAUCAACACUUUCGCUGUCUGCUGGUGAGGAACUGAAAACCGCGACGGAGAAAGAUGUUUCAGUUCACCCGCCUGGCUCCAUCAGCAGCUUGUCCUCUGCGUCUUCCUUGGAGCACAAGCAGAGCCACCCCAGGAAACUGCAUGCCCGGGGCAAUGGCAAGCCGACCACGAGCAAAAGCCCGUCUGCGCCAUCCAGGGCCAGCGCUGGUUUGAAAUCUUCAGCAACAUCUGGAGCAAAUAGUACCCGCCCCGCGGGGGAGCUCCAGCUGGGGGACAGGGUGCUGGUGGUUGGCCAGCGGAUCGGCACCAUCAGGUUUUUCGGGACGACGAACUUUGCUCCAGGACAGUGGUACGGGAUAGAGCUUGAGAAGCCGCACGGCAAGAAUGAUGGCUCCGUCGGCGGCGUGCAGUAUUUUAGUUGUUCUCCAAGAUAUGGAAUAUUUGCUCCCCCAUCCAGGGUACAAAGAGUAACAGAUUCCCUGGACACACUUUCAGAAAUUUCUUCUAAUAAACAGACUCAUUCUUAUCCUGGUUUUAGGAGAAGCUUCAGUACCACUUCGGCUUCUUCCCAGAAAGAGAUUAACCGCAGAAACGCUUUUGCCAAAUCCAAAACCGCGCUGCGCCGCAGCUGGAGCAGCUCGGCCCCGGGCGUGGAGGGCGGCGCGAGGCUGCACGAGGGCUCCCAGGUCCUGCUCACCAGCUCCAACGAGAUGGGCACCGUGCGCUACGUGGGCCCCACCGACUUCGCCUUGGGGAUCUGGCUGGGGCUCGAGCUGCGGAGCGCCAAGGGGAGGAACGACGGAGCCGUGGGCGACACGCGCUACUUCACCUGCAAGCCGAACCACGGCGUCCUGGUGAGACCGAGCCGCGUAACCUACCGCGGAAUAAAUGGGUCGAAGCUCGUGGAUGAGAACUGUUGAGUUAAACUCCUGGCGUGUUCGGUGAGUGAGCGUGUGUGUGUGUGUGUGUGCAUACAUGCAUGCAUGUGUAUGUAAGAUAUAGAAUAAAGAGUCAGGCAAAUGUCGACUUUAAUUAGCCACUAUUUAAAAUUUGAAAAUAUGGCUGUCUUCCUAAAAACCACGAUUACAAUCCAGAGGGACUCCUUUGAAAAGCUAGCACUGUGGACUGUGGGGGUCAUGGUUCCCUCAGAACAGUUUUGAAAGAAGCGUUUUUAAAAGCUUUUGAAGCUUUAGACCCAAGACAGUUCCGAGACAUAGGGUCAAUGUGCCCGUGGGUGGCCUGCUGCUGUUGCUCUGUCUCAUCUGUGCACACAGUACAGUGGGGCCUUGACUUACGAGUUUAAUUCGUUCGGAGACCGAGCUCGUUAAGGAGCUCGUUAAC